AUGGAUGGGGCUGAGAAGGAUCAAUUUGAGGGAGUGAGCUUCAAGGUGAAGCCUCGAAAGAAGUUGGCGAAGAUUUCUCACUGGAAGAAGUUAUACAAAGAGAAAUGCCUCGGAGAGGAAGCAGCCCAGCUUGGUAAGCGAUAUCGCAAGAAAUGCGCAGGCAAAGGCAAAGGCAAAGGAAAGGGAAUAGGCAAACAGCCAAAGGAGCUUACCCCAGGCCAAGUGGAGCUGCCAGAGGUCCAAGUGGAGCUGCCAGUGGGUCCAGUGGUUCCCAGAGAGCUUUUCCAGAGCCAUCCUGAGGCUGAGGAAGAGAAUGCAGCUGAAAGCAUAGCUGCUGAAGCACCCAGUGCUUCUUCCCCUGCUGCAUGCGUUCCAGUGCCAGCAGAGCAAGAGCCUGCUGAAAUACACAUGGAUCAAGCAGCAGCUGCCAACCUUCAAGAGGAACCUGCAAAUGCCACACUUGAUGCUCAGCCUGCUGAACCCUUGCCUGCUGAGGAACAUUCCGAUGCAGUUGUUCCACUUGGUGAUGGGCAAAGAAGUCGGCAGGCACAAGAAAAAGCAGGAGGUGGUGGUCUGAAGGUGUACUCAACACCUGCAAUCCUUGCAAUGCUGGAGACCAAUUCAUUUUUCAAAAUGCGCCUCGAGCACAAUGACCAUCGGUUUGAGGUGGAGUGCACUACACCGCAUGAGGAUGCAUACAUAGAACCUGUAAACUUUUAA